CUGACUGUAUGCCACCUGACUGUAUGCCACCUGACUGUAUGCCACCUGACUGCAUGCCACCUGACUGCAUGCCACCUGACUGCAUGCCACCUGGUCACUUCUGUGCUAGUACACAAAGGCACGCAAUGAAAACCUUGGCAAAUUCCGUUGUGACUCGGAGUUUCAUGGCUGAGCCAAUCAUCAGACAACCAUAAUGGAAUAGGAGGCUGUGCUAGCACAGGCAUGCCCUGUGCUGCUGUGAGCUGUUAGCCUAGCUCUGCUCUACCCAAUACCAGUACAUGAUGCUGUGAGCUGUAAGCCUAGCUCUGCUCUAACCAAUACCAGUACAUACUAAUUAUAGUGUCAGGGGCGUAGCAGCCGCUCCGGCCGGUCCGGCUUUGGCCGGACCACUUUUUCGCCCGACCACAACCACCAUAGUAAAACAAUGCCAAAAGUGCCCAGAAUGCAGGAUUUUGCACCCCAAUUUCAAAAAAAUUCCGCGGGAGAUCCCCCCGGAUCCCCCUGGCCGGACCACCGCCAACGGCGGUGCUACGCGCCUGAGUGUGUGGUGUUACCUUGUAGGUCUACUGAUACCAGUACAUGUACUGUGAGGUGUUGCUCUGGCUCUGUGUUAGUACAUGCUGUGUGUUAGUACAUGCUGUGUGUUAGUACAUGCUGUGUGUUAGUACAUGCUGUGUGAUUAGUCGACUAGCGUAGUGAACUUUUCUCUUCCAGUUUUGCUGCCACUAUAGUCAUGGGAAUUGCUCCUGUUGACAUCACUUUUUCUAAUGAUGGCGUGUGUUUGUGUGAAUGCGUGAAUACGUGCAUGCACCUGUUUGUGAUUCUCAGACUGCCGCCUGAUGCACAGCGAUGGCUUCAGCCGUUCUUAAUUGGCGCGCAGGCGGCCAACCGCAGGGAGGUGGAAGUCACCCACCGGCCGGCAAUGCCAGUGGUUAUUCACACGCCAGCUAUGAACACAACCAGUAUGCUGCCCGGUGCAAUCCAUACCAGGGUGGUGGUAUCGAGCUGGAGGUCCUGGAAGAUACAGAUGAUUCCGACAGUGACAGCGAUGAUCCAGAAGAGUGGUGGUACCGAGAACGAGCUCGCAGAACCUUUAAGCCUCGCAGGCCUCCCAAGCCACCUCAGCCGAAAAAGAUCGACUUCAGUCGACGGCGACAGCUUGAAGAUGUUACUAUGGCGGCCGGCCAAGAUAGCUUUGACGUCAGGGAAUCUGAUGCACAUAGCAGCCCCACAGAUGAUGAGCUUCAGUCACGACCAGAACAGACAGAGCAGCCGAAGCAGCUAAAGCGGCAACAACCUGACAAAGUCGACCAGUUGGAACGAUCUUUCAAAGCAGCACCUGCUAGAAAGGCCAAGCCGUGGGCACUGCAAAUAGCCAAGGAAAGUGGAAAGACAAUGCUCACCAUGAAGCGUCCUGAACAGGAGGACGGGAAACGCCGCUGGAAAACGGGCAUUGUUGCACGCGUCAUACCUGAUAAAUCAAUCGGUUUCAUUCAGCCACAGCAACAGUCGGAAGACGACAACAGUUCGCUCGAUAUGCGGUCCGACAACGAUGUCUUCUUUCACUUUACCCGUGUGAAGCUGGACGCAAUCGCCGGCAUGUCUCUCUCGCCUUCCGACGUAGUAGAGUUCAAGCUCGAGGAGACGAGAAAGAAACAAGUGCAAGCCCAAAACGCACGAGCAUCAGAAGUAACCGUGACUGCCAUCAACUGCACGUCGGAGCAGUUCAUAAGCUGGCUAGAUGAGUUGUGCAGCCUGGUAAAGGCGGACGACAGAGUGACGGCUGUACGAUAUCUCAACGCUCACCUAAUAUGGAAGACAAUGUUGAAUCAGUCAAUCAGCGACAGAAACUGGGCCAACAUCUUGGCUGGCAGAAUCAUUAAAACACUUCUCGACCUGAAAGACUUCCUCAGCGCGAUGCCCAACGUCUUCAAAAACUUGACUGCUGCAAUAAGCAAGUGUACAUUCUUCAAUCCACUCACUGGAGCAUUGUUGGGGUACAUGCAGCAAAGUUACCCGGAUUGGCAGUUACUUGAAGACUUUCUCCUGGCACUGUGCACCGCAGACAACAGCCUGCUACAGCUUGUUGUGCCAUUGGUCAGAAAGAUGGUGGAUAUGCCAUCAUACCCACAGGACCGUGUGAAGAAAUGCCUACUGAAGUUUCUACAAUGUAUGGUUGUCACGACAACUGACAAUGAUCCGGAGACAUGUUCAUGGAGCAACUUGCCGCUUGCGCCGACCAGCACUGAGCUGACUGGUCAGCUUAUCACCACGGCAACUGGAGAAUGGUCAGCCACAGCGUACACUGGUCCAGCUCUCCCGGUUGUUCGUCGUCAUGGCAACUACAAAUCAGUUGAUGAUUAUCUUGACACUUACUUCCGGCUGCUGCGAGAGGACUGCUUUGCUGCACUGAAAACCGGCGUACAGAACCUGCUUCAAGGAAAGCUAGACAUCCGUGACAUGAACGUUUACUACCAGGUGAAGCUAGAUGCAAUGGAAUCGCUUGUAAAAGACAAGAACAAGAGGCGCCAACGUGGUAUCGGUCAGAGCAGCUCGGGAUUCUCCCUUGGGAUCAGAGUGAAGCCUGUACGUCCUGUCAAGGACUGGCAGAAGACAAGUGCCCUGAUGUAUGGCAACCUGGUGUGCAUCACGACCGACGGUUCGUUCAGCAAUCCGCUGUGGGCUACUGUACGCAGCAAUGCCAAUAUGGCCACGGAGGGUAUUCUGCUGGUGGACCCGUGCACUGAUAUCAACGGUAGUGACAUGGCAGAGUUUAUCAGCAGAAUGAGAAGUGCCUCACCUCACACCACGCUCAUGUUGGAGUCCCCAGCUUACUACAAAGCCUAUCAACCUGUGCUACUCUGUCUUCGGGAUAUGACUUCCGAGGACAUUCCGUUCACCGAGGAGAUUGUUGACUGUCUUAAAGAUACCGAGUAUCCUCCCGAGUAUCUGGAUACACACGCCAUCUCAGAGGAAGCUGGUGACGCACAGAGUGACACUAAGAAGAAGCGUGAAAUCUCGUUUGACCCGACAUGUCUUUACAAGCCAUUGCCAAACGAAGAUGCUGACAAGGAGGAGUCGGCCAGCAGCAGCACUGCAAUCAGGAAUGAUGCAGAACCACUCGCCGUUCAGAAAAGUUCGGAGUUGGGGGGUGUGGUGGCCGCACCUAGCCUGCAAGAAAGCUGUGCUGUUGCGAGUAUUAACCAUACCAGUAGCAAAGCAGACAUGCUCAGCGCACAGCACAAGCCUGAUACACGGACAAGGCUACUGGACACCGCCCGCCAGCUGGAAAGCAGCAGUGAUGGGAUGUAUCAUCGACAAUGGGGGAUUUUCUCCUCGGCUGUUUCGGCACUACGGGGUCCUCCAAGCAUGACUCUGCCGGAUGUGCUCAAUCUGUUGGAGGAUGAUGAUGCAGACCUUUGCGUUGACCUGUCACAGCGCAAAGCAAUAGCACAUACAUUGAGGCAUCGUCUAGCACUGAUCCAAGGUCCGCCCGGUACAGGCAAGACGUACAUUGGCAUUAAGUUGGUUCAGCUCUUGCUGACAGCGUCGAGCUUGAAGCAGAAGGUCUUCCUGGUCCUCACCUACAAGAAUCAUGCCCUGGAUGAGUUCCUACUCGCCUGCAUGAAGUUUAUGAGAGUUGUGCGUGCCGGUGGUCGAUCCGAUAAUGAAGCACUGGAGUCACGCAACAUCAACCGAAUCCGUGUCGUGGCAGGACAUAGCGAACAUGAACGAAUUGGCAAGCGAAAAGCAGCUAAUGACUUACAGGGCAUUGUUCAGGAGUUGUCUGACGCCACGCACUUCUCCGUACACGGUUUUCUGACCUAUGCCAGUCCUACGCAGAUCAUGAAGCUGCUGUUUGGUGUGAAGAAAGACCGCUUGAGCAAUGCCGAUUACAUGAAGCUGAGUGGCAUAUUCCCGAAGGGUGACCUAGAUGAAUGGCUACUCGGCGUUGACCAGUCCGCUCUACUGCAUCUUGUACAGCUGGCACUCGCAAUGUGGCUUCCCGGCCAACAAAUCUUCGACCAAUUACGCCAGACAAUGGAAUCAUCCCAAGCGAAUGCGACGGGAACAGCCCAGUUUACUCCAGUGCAGACUCAGAAAAGCGCAGGUGAAGCUGAAUCCAGCGAGGAUGACGAGGAACGAAAGGAAACCCUGCAACAUCGCAAAGGCGGCAGAGCAAAGGAGGAUCCUGUACGCCUGGUCUACUGGGAUGUCAUCCAUGAUGCUUGGCCUAGAGAGAUUCCGGGUAUGGAAGGUCAGGCACACCAAGUAGCCACAGAAUUGACGUCAGCUCUUGAAGAUGAUGUGUGGCGGUUGGACGGCAUUCGCAGGGCGAUAUUUGUGCAGCAUAUCAUCUCGUUGCGCAAGCAGGACUGCCGAAGAAGACUCGAGCAGGCAGUGUACCAGUUCACACACUGCAGCGAGCAAUUGCGCCUUCAUACAGCCUUAGAGAAAGCACAGCACCUGAAGGAAACAGGCGCCAUCAUGCUUGGAAUGACAAUCACUGGUGCAUCCAUGAACCAUGAGCUUCUCGCUGCACUCAAGCCUAGUGUUGUCAUUGUGGAAGAAGCUGCUGAGGUACUUGAACCACAGAUUGUUGCUGCUCUUGGUCCAUGGGUUCAACACUUGAUCAUGAUCGGAGAUCACAAGCAGCUACGACCAUCCGUUGAGUCGUACACUCUGGUUAAAGAUCACCACUUUGAUAUUUCAAUGAUAGAACGACUGCUCAAUAACAAGAUGCCACAUGGAUUGCUGCUGACACAGAAUCGCAUGCGACCAGAGUUCAGUAAACUUCUUCUGGAUAUCUACCCAGAUUACAAGGACAACCUGUCAGUUGUGUCGCAGAACAAGGUCCCGGCGUGUAUGGCUGACUCGAUGUUCUUCUGGCACCACACGCACAAGGAAGACAAAAGCAGGAGCGUUGAGAACAGAGAAGAAGCAGAGAUGGUCGUUCGUCUUGCACUCUGGUUUGUUCAGCAGGGUUAUGAUCCCGCGGAUGUCACAAUUCUCACACCGUAUCUAGGACAGACAAGACGGGUGCGACGCCUUAUGCAGGACAGUCUUUCUUCGGUGUUUGACAUUCAAGAUCACCCUGAUUUCAUCGCGGAAGUUAUGGAAGAGGAAUCACUUCUCCAAGAUGCAAGAGGUGAGAAGAAGCCUCUACAGCCGACUGCAGAGCAAAUCAACAAGGCAAGAGACCGCCACAGCGUGCAGGUGCACACAAUCGAUCGUUACCAAGGUGAUGAGAACCAAAUCGUGAUUGUAUCACUGACCAGGUCUAACCCGGAAGGCAAGAUUGGAUUUCUGGAUCAGCUGAAUCGACGCUGCGUUGCACAAUCGCGGGCCAAGUGUGGCAUGUACUUUGUUGGCAACUUUAUGACCGUGCAAGCAUCAGCUAAUUGGAAGUUCUUGCUGAGUGGUUUGCAGGAGAAAAGCCUGGUGUCUCCAAUCCUGCAACUGGCUUGCCAGAAACAUCCCUCUGCUUCGGUUAAGGUUAAGUCAGCUAAGGACAUCCCAAUCAACAGGAACGAUUUCUGCGACGAGCCAUGUGGGAUUCUAAUGCCGUGCGAUGUGCACAACUGUCAACGCCGUUGUCAACCAUGGCACCCGCACAAGAUUUGCCGCCAGCAAGUGGAUUUCGAGUUCAGUGUAUGCGGCCACGCUUCAACCAAAGAGUGCUACCAGCCAGAGAGUGCCUUGAAAUGCACCAGCCCAAAGCAGUUCAUAUGCCCGGGUUCAAACUGCACCAAGGUGUACGUACGACAAUGCCAUGAUGUUGCCGCGGAAGAUGAAAUAUCAUACCGAUGCAAAGAAACAGUUACCGUGACAUUGCCAUGCCAACACAAGGCAACCAAGGUGUGCAGCGCCAGAGACCCUCCAUGCGAGUUUCCAUGCAGCAAGACUCUGGAGAAAUGCGGUCACAUCUGCUCAGCUCUGUGCGGUGCAAACUGCAAGUCAGUGCCUUGCAAGGAGUGUGAAAGAAUUGAACGCCAGCGUCAGGAAGACAAGCGCAAGGAGCUGGAAAGUGAAGUGGCACGACUGCAAACAUUGCAGGAAGAGGAGAAUUUCAAAAUGUCCAGUCCUGAUCAGGCUGUUGGCCAGCUUAUGAAAACAGACGACUCAGGGAUCAGAGAGAUCCGUCAAGCCAGCAUCAAUUUGCUGGACAAGACCAUGAAGAAAGAAAGACAGCCACAAAUCACCAACGUCCAAGAGAUCCGCAAUCGCAAUAUAGAGAUUUCCCAGCACGAAGAACGGAUGAAACUGAAGACUGUGACUGGGGACAGUCAAAGAUUACCAAUCAGCGUACAAGAUCCCAAUGUUUUGGCCGUACUUGUACAAGAUGGAUGUGCUAAGAUGAAACAAACAAUUGGUUCGCAAUCCGUGUGGACAGUCCCUAGUGCAGAAUGUUUCUCGCUGGAAGAUGUGUCCGGUCGAACAAGCAAUUACAUUGUCUGGUGUGAUGUCUAUCUGGGUAAGACCCAGGAGUUCCAAACUCUCCCCAGCACACUGCCAAGCGAGGAGGAGCGUGAGUUUGAUUCUUGCUUCAUCAAGAGUGCCAACGGCGCCGGUGGAUACUAUUGUCUAUUCGAAUGCAAUCUGAUCCGACCUCGCUAUGCUGUUGAAUUCAAGUGCAAAGCACUUGCAAGCGUUCUGAACACAGCACUGGAGAGCAAGUCCAUGCAUAGUGGAGAGUUUGAACGCAUGACCGUCGAACCAAGCAGAGGUGUGCUGCAGGGUGACCAGGCAACUGUGAUGAACAUGGCAACCAGUGCAUUCUUCAAGCAACAGAAGAGUGCAGACCAGAUGAAGAUCACCAGAGUGACAUACUAUGUGCAGCCAGAGCUGGUGGAGAAGUUUAUUGCUUUCCAGGAGACGUUGAAGGAGAGGAAAACUAAGAGUGAGCGUGCAGCAGUUUGGGCCUUUCACACCACCGACGCGAAGAAUGUGGAAAGUAUCAUGGAGAAGAACUUUGAUCUUCAGCGGGUCGGUAAAGCAACGCGUCACCGAGGCAAGUUUGGUUCCGGUAUAUACUUCUCCGAGUAUCCAGACUACAGUCUUCGCUAUGGUGGAUAUCAGAAAGCACUGCUGCUGUGUCAAGUUCUUCCUGGCAAGGAAUAUCACUGCAAAAAGAUCUCAUCUGGAGGAAGUGUGGAGGAGGGUUACGACAGUCAUGUGUAUGCUGCUGAUAAGCAGGGUUACGGCAAAGAGCUGUGCUUCUUCGAUGUGGACCAGAUUCUACCCCUCUUCCAUGUGGAGUUUGACAAGGUUUGGCCACAUAACAACCAGCCCAAACAGAACUAUCAUCAGCAGCUUCCACCUCCUCCUGCUCAUGCCAGUCCAGCAAUGUAUGGCCCAGGUAACUCUUAUUCAGGACGCAAGACAGCUGCUGGUCACCAUAACAUCGCUAGUAUGGAUGCGCCACCAUCGUUUGCCAGCGGAGAGAACGCUAUGCACACGGGCAUGGCUGGACUGAAUACGUCUUCAGGAUAUGCUGCUGGUCACAAUCCCGUCGCACCUUUUGUCACUGACACCAGCGUGGUGUCUUCGUUCUCUCAAUAUCCAGGAGCACAUCUGAAUGCAGCAAAUGCAGCAACAGGAGCUACGGCUGCUGGCUCGAGUUUUCCAACACUUUCUGGCGCAGCUGAGGAGACUAACCCUGCAGUCGAGUCUCAGCAAACAUCCAGGCAGUCAUUUCCAGGUGAUUGCCAAGUUUCUAAAGAUGGGUGGUGGGAUGAUGGUCUUGAGUCUGGCACUCUGCCCAGUACAGUGCGUGACGCAAACCAGCAGCAACUUGCACGUCCAGCCAGCAUUGCUGAUGGGCGUCAUGGCGCCAGCCCAGGUGUUACUGCUGCUAGUGCGUCUGCUGCAACAGGCCGUGGUGGUCAUGUCAGUACAGGACCUGGCAAGAGUGGAUACGGUCGAGGACCUAAUUGUGGUGGUUAUGGCCAGGGAAUAAACCAUGAUGGCGAUCGAUAUGGACGAGGUGGCGGAAGUUUCGGAAGUCGUGGUGGGUUCGCUGGUACGGAUAGUCGCGCUGGUCAAGCUGGUUGGCAGAGCAGCCGUGUAGGUGGUGGAGGUAGUGGUGGUGACUGGCGCAGUGGUGGUCGUGGCAGUCAGAGUGCUUACAGCAGCACCAGCCAAGGCUACACAGACAGAUGGGGCGGCGGUGGUGGUGGAGGUCACAGCACACAUUCUGCAAGUCAAGCCGAUGGCACUUCAGGCAACCGAAGUGUCGGUGCCGGUGUCGGUGGGUAUCGAGGUGGUGCUAAUUGGACACGAUGGCAGAAUAAGAAAUACUAGAAUGAGCUAGGUGCAGUGGCUCAAGUGAGUACACGACGACGCUCACUAAUUCCAGGAGACAUUGUGCUUGGUUUAUUUCCCAUUUUCAACAGCACUCCUGUUUCUUUCCGGUGAUUUAACGUUCUGCAUUAUUUGCGCUUAUCUCUGUGAGACCCAUGAUUGGACGUGUUCACGGAUACAGCCGGGCGGUAUGUUAUGGUGUCCACGGCUAAGCACAUGUAAAUUACACUAUUGUCGGCUCAGAGGUUUGCCACAUGUCUUUUCCCAUCGCUCGCUGCACGUACAUGUACUUUUCUUCUUCUGUUGGCUGUCGUUGUUGCAGUCUAGUUUGUGCUUCAACUGCUAAAUCAGAGCACACAAUUCCUUUUAAAUCAGAGCGGUUUGAUCUAGGACUGAUUACUCUGCCUGGUCAGCGUGAUGGUAAAUGACUGCAUGCCAUUGUUUAUUGCACUGCAUUGACGGUGUUCCAAGACAUCAUGUUCUCGAUCUGAGGACAGUUGCUUGCUUGUUUCUAUACCAUUCCAUCACACAACUAUUGUUGUGCCUGCAUUUCUCAUUGAUACAUACCCACUGCAUGCCGGCUGUCCAAUAGUUCUGCGGCGGCAUUAUUUGAUAUUCCAAGACCACCGGAAACGGAUCUUUGA